ACACUUAAACACAUGCAUCCUAAUCCUCCAAAGAAGUUUUUCCAAGGACUAUUAUUGAACUCUAAAAGCAUAAAGACACUACAAUGUAACUGCCAGGGAAAUGUAGGUGUAUUUUAUGUGGGAUCUAAAUACCCUCCGCCUCCACCUCCGCCUCGUGAGCAACAGGAGCCAACAUAUGAAAAUGUUGCUGCAAGUAAAUCUAAAAUGCAACCACCACGGCCUCCAGUGGAACAGCAGCCAACGCGUGAAAUUAUUGUUGUAGAACGAGAGGAACCAGAUCCCGUUCCUAAUUUAAUGUGGGCAUCAAUUAUUGUCACCGUUUGCUGCAAUUUACCAUUUGGCAUCAUUGCUAUUAUGUAUAGCAGCCAAGCGAAUGAAUAUGCCGCAGGUGGAAAUACAGCCGCAGCGCUGAAGUCGAACUCAAAAGCAAGAGUGUACAUCAAAAUAGCAAUUUUUCUUGGUAUAGUUUCAUACAUUGUUACAUACGUACUAGUAAGAUUCCCAACACCUUUAUCCAAUUUUAUAUCUCGCUAUUUUAUCUUUCUGUUCUUCCGUGCACAACACGCGGCAAUGCUAUCCCUUAAUGUUGUCGAAUUCCGCUGUUCCAACUGA